AGGACAUGAUCGUUGUGGUCUACCCACUCACCCAACGCUACACAUUCUGGAUUGCUUGUCGAUUGUUUCUUAGCAUAGAAGAUCCAAAGGAAGUUGAUAGAUUCUUGGAACGUUUCAAGGUCUUGUCAGAGGGGUUAGUGUCAAUCCCAGUGGACUUUCCAGGGACACCAUUUCAUCACUCCAUCAAGGCAUCCGAAUACAUCAGAAAGGAGUUCCUAAUGAGAAUCAUCAAGCAAAGAAAGAUCUACUUGGCGGAGGGGAAGGCGUCACCAACGCAAGAUAUAUUGUCCCACAUGUUGCUCACGGCGGAUGAGGAUGGCAAGUUCAUGAAGGAGAUUGAUAUUGCAGAUAAGAUAUUGGGUUUGCUUAUUGGUGGCCAUGACACUACAAGCUCUGCUUGCGCUUUCAUUGUCAAGUAUCUCGCAGAGUUACCUCACAUCUAUCAAGGAGUUUACAAGGGUAUGUAUGUUCCUAAUUUUACUCUACUUAAUUUGACCAUCUCGAGUGCUUCUAAAUAGGGUGAUUAUUCAGUAUUUCUGGAGUAUGGACACGUGGUGCUUUAUAAAGUUUUGAUUGGUAGAGAGGGUUAGGGGCGCACGAUUUAUGUUGGAGAUCGAGGAACAACAUGGGGCUAAG